GUCUACAGUCGCACUGUAAGCGCACAAAGAAUUUCAGUCUUUGAAAAAAACCACUAAAAAAACACUUAACGAAAUGUUCAAAUUGUUCGCUCUCUGCUUCGUAGCCCUCUUCGCUUGUGCCUUCGGUGCCGCCAAACCAGCGCUCCUGGCUUCUCCAUUGGCUUACUCAGCUCCUCUGGCCGCUGCUCCUGUUGCUGCUGCCUACGCCGCGCCUGUAGCCGCUGCGUACUCCGCUCCUCUCGCCUACGCCGCAGGUUAUGCGCCCUACAUCGCUCCCUACGCUAGCAGCUACACAGCUCAUGGCGUCGCACACAGUGCUGCCUUCCCUGCUGCCUAUGCUGCUGCUCCAUAUGUUGCCUCAUAUGCCGCUCCAGCCGUAGUUCCCGCCGCACGCUUCGUCGCCCCAGCUGCUCCAGUAGUUGCCGCUGCUCCCGCACCCGUCGUUGCUGCUGCUCCCGCAGUUGCCGCAGCCCCAGCAAUCGCUGCUGUUCCAGUUGUGAAGAAAUAAGUCUUUAGUUAGAGAUUGGACGAUAGAAUUUGAUUCGAUGAGGAUAAAGCAAAAAUAAAAAUAAAAAUUUAACGAACUGA